CAAUUCGAAAACCACUUCUCAGCCUCCGCCGAUUCAGACCUCGCAUAUUCAGCUUCCCAGUCUUUCUCUCUGCGUCGUUCUAGGGUUUUUGUUACUCUUUGCUUCGAAGAUGGGAAAGGCAAAGAAACCUCAAAAGUUUGCUGUCGUGAAGAAGAUGAUUAGCCACAAAGCUUUGAAGCAUUACAAGGAAGAGGUUCUGAAUCCAAACAAGAAGGACCUCACGGAACUUCCGAGAAACGUACCGAGUGUUCCUGCAGGGCUUUUCUUUUCUUACAACUCUACAUUGGUUCCUCCUUACCGUGUUUUGGUGGAUACUAACUUCAUCAACUUCUCUAUCCAGAAUAAGAUCGAUCUUGAGAAGGGAAUGAGAGACUGUCUGUACGCAAAUUGCACUCCUUGUAUCACGGAUUGUGUCAUGGCUGAGUUAGAGAAGUUAGGUCAGAAGUAUCGUGUAGCUCUAAGGAUUGCGAAAGAUCCUCACUUCGAAAGACUACCUUGUAUACACAAAGGGACAUAUGCUGAUGACUGUCUCGUUGACAGAGUUACUCAGCAUAAAUGCUUCAUAGUGGCUACAUGUGAUAGAGACUUAAAGCGAAGGAUUCGAAAGGUAAAGAUAGUUUGUUGUAUCAGUGCUCUUGUUUAUAUCCAUGGCUGAAGUCUUUGGAUAUUAUCAACUUUUUUCUAUGUUUGUUUGCAGAUUCCUGGUGUGCCCAUCAUGUAUGUGACUAAUCGCAAGUACUCAAUAGAGAAGUUGCCUGAAGCUACACUUGGUGGAGCUCCAAGGUACUGAUAAUUUAUUAGAGACCUUAUGAAUUCCAUGAAGCCCUGAAGCCUCAAGCCUGAGUUGGUAUCGGUUUACGCGCUGAAUCAACUGAGUUGGAAUGGCUAUGUUGUGAGCCAUUUUGUUCUCUAUGUUGGUUUCUCUGUUGUUAAUUUGAUACAAUGUUAAUUAAUAACUCAACAGAAAUCUUUAUUAAGCUUUUACAUUCUAAAAACACAUUCUUAAUCUAUUACACAGUUUUGUUAAUGAUAGACCAAAAUCAUGUCU